UCCACUAAAAUAUUUGAGCGCAUGAAAAUAAAUAAAAAAUUUGUUUAAAUGACGGAAAGUACGGAAAAUUGUCAUUUCUGUCAUGAGGUACAAUUUAAAUACACGUGCCCUAAGUGUAAUGCGCUCUACUGCAGUGUCCUGUGCUAUAAAUCCCAGGAACAUCUCAAGUGCUCCGAGGAGUUCUACAAAGCAUGUAUACAGGAUCAGCUGGCUAGUGCGACAACAACGCCAGAGUCGCAGCAGGAUAUGCGUAAGAUAUACGAUAUACUGAAGCGUAUGCGAGAAGCUGAUGCUGGCUUCAAUCCGGAGGACUUCGAUGCAGAUGGCCUAGAUAAUCCCUUAGACUCAGAUGAUGAGGGACAGCUGCCACAAGGAGUUGAUGAACAUGAGGAGGAGGAGGUAGAGUUCGGGGAUGCUACAGAACAAGCAGACGAGGAAGAACAGCUGGUGGAUAUAGCGGAUCGCUUGAAGGGCAUCGAUAUAAACGAUGCAGAUGAGGUUUGGAGUCGUUUAACCGAAGAGGAACGCCAGGAGUUUCAGAAGCUCAUUGCUAAUGGUGACAUAAUGAAACUUAUGCCAGACUACAAGCCCUGGUGGAGUAAACCUAAGGAUUCCAAAAUUGUUGUCAUAACGAAGGAGCCAGAAGAUAAAAACAUCCCUGAAAUAAGCCAGAAUAUACCAAACUUUAACGACAUACGCAAGAAGACGCCAUCACCCUGCCUUCACUUUAAUCUAUGGAACAUACUCAGCGCCUAUUCCUGCAUAGUGCGUUUCUUUGCUGGCGAGCAGCACACAAAUGCAAGUGAAGCUGUCGCACAUUUGGUUAAUUUGAGUAGUACGCUCAAGUAUGGGACCAACUUUGAGGACGCUGAGGAUGCCAUAAUCUCUGUGCAAAUGGAAGCAUGCACUACAGGCAAUGGACCUGCUGGUGCCGCAACAGUGGGCAGUGCAGGUGCAGGCAUGAACUUCCUAGUGGAGAGCAAAGAGCAGCUGCAGCAGGAUGCACGCCAGUUAAUGUCCACAAGGCAUAACAAACUGGCCGCCUUGAGUGAUGUCCUGCAAUUGCUGCAACAAGCUAAGGCUUUAAGCAAACGUCAAAACUCCGGGGAAGCAGAAUUCCAAAAGCUUUUUGCACUAGCCUCUGGCAGCGUUGAAAUAAAUAGGACUAAGCUGACGCAGUUUAUAAAAAAAAUUGAGUUUAUGCAGUCGUAUGUGUCAAGGGAAGAGGUCCUUUGACUUUUCUAUCAAAUAAAUGAAAUAGUCGGUUU